CACAGCUAGAGAGGGAACCAGAGUCUCUUCACAAAGAACCAUUGGACUAAAGUAGCUUCAGUAGGGUUAAUACCUGUAAUUUACAUUAGGGCAGUUUUCUAAGAUAACGCAGUAGUUCAGCAAGGCAAUACUGCAUGCACUGUUUACUCACAGAACCAGAUUCUGGAUUUGGACUAAACACCAGUGUGUGCGCGCGUGCGUGUGGAUGUGCGUGGGAAGCCACUGUCAGGACCUACAUAAACAGGUGUUUAAUGAAAGUUUGGAAAGCGAGCUCUGAACAAACCCUUGUUUCGGAUUGAUUGGUGCUCAUACACUUUCAGCUUGGUGUGUGUCACAGGAAAGUGUGUUUUCUUGCCCUGGAGAUGUACAGUGAGUGUGGAGCAGCACUGAGCGGGAGACUGAGGCGCGCGCGCUGACAUGAUCGCGCACGACACAUAGUGUGACGUCUUGCAUUUGAUCAAAACGCGACAAGAAGAGAGAGAGAGAGAGAGAGAGAGGAAAACUAGUUAAAAGAUUUUCAUCUGACUUUGAAAUGGAGAUUCGAGAGUGCCUGCUUCUACUAAAAGUCACCGUUCUACUAAAAGGACUGUGCCAGUGUUUUAACAUAGACGUGAAUCGGCCACGCAUCUUCAGCGGGGUUGAGGACACUCUGUUUGGAUUUUCUGUGCUACAGCAUGAAGUUGGGGGAGAGAAAAUGAUGUUGGUUGGUGCUCCAUGGGAUGGUCCACCUAAUAACAGAAGAGGAGACAUUUACAAAUGCAUGAUGGGGGAGGAACUGAAUUCCAACUGUUCAAAAGUGGGUCUAGCUGACACUGCAUUUCAGAAUGUGUCACGGAAUCUGAAGAACUCUCACUUGGGUAUGACGCUUACCCCCAAUAAACCCAAUGGAUUUCUGGCCUGUGCACCACUUUGGUCUCAGGAGUGUGGCACAUCUCUCUUCAGCAAAGGGAUCUGUGCAUCUGUCGACAACGACUUGGAGCCUAAAGAAACCAUCGCUCCUACAGCACAGAGAUGUACUACCUAUAUGGACAUAGUAAUAGUCCUUGAUGGUUCUAACAGUAUUUACCCCUGGUCUGAAGUGCAGAACUUCCUCAAGAACAUCCUCAGCAAGUUCCAUAUCAGUCCAGAGCAGAUGCAGGUGGGCAUCCUGCAGUAUGGAGAGACCACAGUUCACGAGUGGUCCCUUAAGGAGUAUCAGACGACAGAGGAAGUGGUGAAAGCUGCCAAGAACAUUAAUCGACAGGAAGGGCGAGAGACUCGCACGGCAGGCGCAAUACGGAUGGCCUGCACAGAGGCAUUCAGUGCUGAAAAAGGGGCGAGAGAUGGAGCCACUAAGGUGAUGAUUGUGGUGACAGAUGGAGAGUCACAUGAUGGCGACGAGCUUCCUGAUGUACUAGACGAGUGCGAGAAACGCAACAUCACCAGAUACGCCAUAGCUGUUUUGGGUCACUACAUUCGCAGGCAGCAGGACCCAGAGACUUUUAUUAAUGAGAUCAAAUCUAUUGCCAGUGACCCAGAUGAGAAAUACUUUUUCAAUGUAACAGAUGAAGCGGCAUUGAAUGACAUUGUAGAUGCUCUUGGGGAUCGAAUCUUUAGUUUGGAAGGGACACUGGGAUUUAAUCAAAGUACCUACCUCAUGGAGAUGUCACAGAUUGGGUUCUCAACACACAUUCUAAAUGAUGGGAUCUUGUUUGGCAUGGUGGGAGCUUAUGAUUGGGAAGGAGGGGUGUUGAAGGAGGGUAUUGAUGGAAGAAACAUGCCUCCCCGAGAAGCCUUUGAGGAAGAAUUUCCCAUCAAGCUAAAGAAUCAUGCAGCAUACCUAGGUUAUACUGUGUCCUCGGUGACAGUAGGUGACUGGAGAAGACUCUAUGUGGCUGGGGCACCCAGAUUCAAACACAAAGGAAAGGUCAUUCUCUUUGACCUGAGUCUAGAUGGAGAUGUCAACAUCACACAGGCCAUUGAAGGAGAGCAAAUUGGCUCCUAUUUUGGCAGUGAGGUUUGUGUGGUGGAUGUAGAUCAUGAUGGUAUAACCGAUAUCCUCCUGAUUGCUGCUCCCAUGUUUCUGGGAGCAGGAAACAAAGAGACAGGGAAAGUCUAUGUAUACUGUCUAGAUGGGAAUGAUUUUGCUCCGAACGGGACCCUGCAUGCUCAAAAGAAAGCCCAGGAUGCACGGUUUGGUUACGCCAUGGCCGUGGCUCCAGACCUCAACCAUGAUGGCUAUUCUGACCUUCUAGUGGGAGCACCGCUGGAGGAUGAUCACCAGGGUGCACUUUACAUCUACCAUGGCGAUGAAUUCUAUAUAAAACCCCAUUACAAGCAGCGUAUCUCUGCCUCCUCUUUCUCUGCAGGCCUGCAGUAUUUUGGCCGCAGUUUGAGCGCUUUGUUGGAUAUGGAUGGAGACAAGUUACUGGAUCUGGCAGUCGGAGCCCAUGGCAGUGCCGUUCUCCUGAGGUCUCGCAGCAUAGUUCAGAUCAACGUAAGCCUGUUCUUUCAUCCUCACUCCAUCAACGUCAUACAGAAGAACUGCCACAAGGGCGGCCGUGAUUCAGCAUGCCUUACUGCCACCGCCUGCUUCCUGGCUGUGUCCCGUUCCCCAGGCUCAAAUGGCACAACCUUUGAUCUGCAAGUGGGGGCCAUGUUGGAUGACAGGAAGUUGUCUGCACGUGCUUUGUUUGAUGCUAACUCUCAAAGGCAGAUACUGACUCGGGUCAGAGCUGAAAUAGGAAAGUCUGUGUGCCACACACUCCCCUUCCAUGUGUUUGACACAGCAGAUUACAUCCGACCCAUCAGUUUCUCUCUAAACUUCAAAAUCAAUGACACAGAUAGUGGCCCAGUGCUCGAUGAAGGCUGGCCAACCACACUUAAGAAAACUAUUUCGUUUUAUAAAGACUGUGGCGAAGAUGAUGUGUGUGUGACAAAUCUGGUUUUGCAAGCCCACAUGGACAUCAAAGGAACAAGGCAGCAGCCUUACGUGAUUCAAAGUCCUCGAAGACGCCUGGCUGUUGAGGUUCAGCUCCAGAACCAGUUAGAGAAUGCUUAUAACACGAGCCUCAUCCUUUAUUACUCCAAAAACCUACAUUUCAGCAGCUUGAGUAUACGGGAGGAUGGCCAAUUUAAGAUCGAGUGUACUGGACUGAGUGCCAACAUUCACUCUUGCAAUGUCAGCUAUCCAGUGUUUCGCUCAGGGACCAAGGUGAACUUUAUGUUGGAGUUUGAAUUUAGUUGCACAUCUCUUAUCAAUAAAGUUCAAAUGAAGCUGGUUGCAGCAAGUGACAGUGUUGAGCAAGAAAACACUCUGUCAGACAACACCGUUCAUUUACAGAGUAUAGUACAGUACGAGCCUGAUCUCUUCAUCACCAGUGAUUCCAAUCUAAACCGCUAUGAGGUCCAUCCCACCAGGACAGUAUCAGAAGGAACAGGACCUGAAUUCUUCACAAAUUUCAGGGUACAGAAUCUAGGUUGUUAUGCGGUCAGCAAUCUGGAGCUGAGGGUCAAUUUACCCUCUGUAGCUGCCACAGACAAAGCUUUCGCUUCUGCAGUGGAUGCUUACUCACGCAAUACCUCUGGUGUGAACUGCAGUAUUAGAAGUGAAUUAGCCCAGCUGAAAGCUACUCAGAGAGACGUGCGUCCAUUGCAUCCUGAAGACAUGAAGAAAAAUGAAUUUUUAAACUGCAGCUCCUCUUGGUGUGUGGAGGUCGUGUGUCAAAUCCAGCAACUACUGAAGGGGCAGACAGCCGUUAUUCGCGUUACUAGAAGGGUGCAUGACAACUUCUUCAGACAGGCUAAGUUUAAAGCUGUGAUGAUAGUUGGCUCCUACCACCUGUCUGCUCAAGAGUCUAAUCUGAUCACACUGGGUAAUGCUGGUCUUUGGAGGGAGACCGUGCUGGAGGUACUCAAGGGUCGCUCGAUUCCUAUUUCUUUGUGGAUCCUCAUCGGCAGCAUCAUCGGAGGCCUGUUGCUGCUUGCACUUAUCAUUUUCAUCCUUUGGAAGCUGGGCUUUUUCACAAGAAAACAGAUAAAAGAGGAUGAGGAUGACAAGGACUGAGUUCGACCGCCCUCGAAGCACUGAGCUGAUAUGUCUCCCAUGGUGAUCUACAAGUGCACAUCCAUUUUUUUGUUUGUUUUAUGUAAAAUUGACUCCUUCCCUUCCUCUGGGAGAGGAACACAUAGCUAUUGUACCUGCUCCACGUCCCCGAGAGAAGUAAGUGCUAGCAACAGUCUUGGGUUAUAGAAAGCAGAAAUGCCUUUUGAGCGUAAGCACCAUGUGAAUAAAACAGCAGUGAACUGAGGCUUGGUCUGGACAGAAUUUCAGCUCUGUUGAGAAGUGAAAUGAAAUAUCUCUUGCAGGCUUCGCAGGGCGCUGUAAUGAAUGACCUUAAUAUAGCUACGGCGAGGCACUGCUAAUGUCAGGUUGUAUUUGGAUUGCAGACUUGAAGAGGGUGGAGAAAAGGACUGAGUGCAAAGAAAUGCACCAUUCAGGCAUAAGGUUAAGAGGUGUAGUUUAAAUCAAAUUCAGUUUAUUUAUCUUUAUACAAAUACCAGUUUUAUUCUGUUUCCUUUUGUUUCUCAGGUUUGUAUUUCUCAUGUUUUGGAAAA